CGGGAGAAAUGGCGGUCGCGAGAACAGCGAAAGUUUGAGAGGGAGGGAGAAAGAAAGAGAGAGAGUGAGCCUCCACACUCAGACCUUGGGGAGGACAGUCUGGUUCAAUGGAGCCCAGGGAGCUUCAUUUAUUUUGGAAUUCAGUAACCUAAAGGACACAGCAGCAAGUAAGCCAAGGAAAGAAGUUACCUACUUGAAUUCUUUGAAAUAUGUACAUUUGUUACAUCCCUCCCAAUACUGGUGGAACUGACACUGAUUCUAAUGACAAAUCAUUAACACAAAUUCUUUGAGAACACUGUCAUGGUCAAUCACGUUAUUUUUGUGGCUACUUCACGGUAAACAUUGUUAAACCCAGAGACCCUUGCUGAAGAACUGACAGCGAACUCCGUGUGCAUUGCUGGAAAAAAACAUCAGUGAUCUUGUCCCAGGACGGUUGAUGUUUCAUGUUGAUAUUGUUUCACUCACACAUGGAGUCAAAUGGAUCGGAAGACAAAUAAAAUUACUUCAAGCUCUGCAAAGAAUUCAAUCAGAAAGGACUUGGGAAUGAAGAAAGGGGAUCACUUGUUGAAGAAAGAUCAUCGAAAUGCUGUGACGGUGGGACCUCCAGUGAACACUCAGCUUCCCAAAAGUACAUCCCAGGAACAUUCCAUAAAGCAUGGUGGGACUAAUGUACAUUGUGUCAAAAAGAGCUUGAUCCCUUACAGAGUGAAUUACACCUGGAACAGAGGUGGGCGAUUGAAGGAACUCUGCAUUAGGCACCUUGUGAGAAAGUUCUUGCAUUUGUGGACACGGAAGACAUUUGGGAGAAUCCUUCCAUCCAAAGCUAGAUCCCACUACUGUCAUGCAGUAUUGAGUAAAGCAUUUGAUGAAUGGAAGGAGCAAUGGUGGAGUGUGAGAAUAGAAUGGAAACUGAUGGUUCGAGCGGACUGUCACUACAGGUAUCAUAAAUAUAAUCAAACGUGGAGAGCCUGGCAGACGUACAUCCUUCAACAGCAGAGGAAGAAAGCAAAAUACAGGAUGGCAGUUUCACACGCUCAUUCACAGAUGAUGCGGAAGAUCUGGAUUCACUGGUCCUUUUACAUAGACAUACGGAAAACCAAGCGUAUGAUGCAGACUGAGGCAGAUGAGUUCCGUGUAAAAGCAACUCUUCAGGCUGUGUGGUCCAUUUGGACCAAACAGUUGGAGAGGAAGGAAAGAAAUCGCAAAAUGGACGGGUUAGCAAUGCAGCAUUGGGCAAAAACCUUGCAGCACAGGGCCUGGCUUCAGUGGAAUGCAUUGUUGUAUCUAUUGCAGCAAGAGCAGGAGAGGAAUGCCCAAGCGCAGCAAGUAUACCAACGUCAUUGCCUGCGGCGAUCCUUGCUGGCUUGGCUGCUAUAUGUUCAGGUUUGCAGGGACAAGAAGUGUCAAUACAGGUUGGCUGAGCAGACUUAUAAAAGUUAUGUUGUGCAGCGAUACUUUUUGUCUUGGCACUCAGCCUGGCAUCUUCGAAGAAGCGUCCUUGCACAUGAGAAUCACAUCAGUGAAUCGGGCAGGAGGUGCACGCUGCGGCGGGUAUUUACCCACUGGAAUCACUAUGUUUUGCUUUGUGCUGAAAAGGUCAAAUUGUGCAGAUUGGCAGAUGAUCACUACCGUCACCACCAACUGCAAUCGAGUAUUACUGCUCUGAUGUUCAACGUGAGAAGCAUUCGACUGAAACAGAUGCUGAAUAACCUUGCCCACCAACAGUCCCAUGUUUGGAUGCUGCGAAGGUGCUGGGAUCAGUGGAAAUCAUGUUUGGAACUGCAAGAGAAACUUGAACUUGGGGCACUGACUGGACAAGCCCAAGAGCAUUUCAGGAAGGUAUUGCUGAGGAAAUCGCUGCAUUGCUGGAUAAAGCACGUCGAAGGGAAAAAGUGGUCUCAGGUUCAGGAUAAGAAGGCUAAUGCUCAUUACUUUCAGAUGAUACUGCCUUUAUACCUAAAGAAGUGGCGGAUGUUUGUUAGUGAGAAGAUAUACCUGAAUAAGAUGAAAGAGUCUGCGUGGGAAUUUCACAGAGAGAUGGUGCUGAAGCUGGCUUUUUACACUUGGUGGGAGACGAUGGAUUGUCAGCGUGAGAAUCGAAUGGCAGAAAGAUUGGCUGUGAUUCAUUCUGCUCACUGCAUAUUGCAGCGGUACUGGUGGAGCUGGCGUAAGCAGACUGCCAUCUGCGUGGAGGAAAGAGGGAAGGAGGCCAUGGCUGAAGAGCACAUUAGAUGUCAACUGCUCCUUAAAUCUAUACAAUUUUGGAGAGAGACUGCAGCAGAGCAGAAAGCAGAACGAGACCAUCAAUUUCGAGCCAUAAGACAUUGGUACAUGUGUCGCUUGCGGGGAACCUGGAGUGCUUGGCAGCUGUUUGUGCAGAAAAAGCGUGAGAAGUGGAAGAAACUCAUGUGUGCAGAUAUACAUUAUCAGCAAGUAGUGCUGUCCAAAGCCUUGCGUGAAUGGAAGGUUUAUCAUCAGAACACACAGCAGAUCCUGCAUAAGGUGGAUAAGAAGGAGGAGAAAUGGAGAAGCGAUUUGUUGAGAUUUUCUUUCUGUACCUGGAAAGAAAAUGUGCACCUACUGGCUGAUGAAGCUCACAAGACUGCCAGAGCAUAUCAUCAUUAUCACCAUGUGCUUUUAUCCAAGGUUCUUGAGCACUGGAGAGAUGUAGUUUCACUUCAAGUGUAUCAACGACAACAGGAGGAGGAACUUGUGCUAGAAGCAAGACAACAUAUUGGUUUUUUUCGGCUGCAGCAUGUGUUUUCCCACUGGAAGCAGCUCAGUCAAAGUUCAGUAACUCAACAAGGCAAAAUGGAGGCUGCUGCCCAACAUUGUGGACAGAAGAUGAUGAUGAAAUGCCUGUUGUCCUGGAAGCAGCAUCAUGCCCAUUGUUUGAGGGCAGUGUUGUUACAGAGACAAGGAGAUUGGUUUCAAGCACAGCGACUUUGUAGAUGCUACUUCACAAACUGGAAAGUAAAACUGUUGGCAAAACAUUGCGAGGACAAGCAGACUGCAAUAGCUUUAUGGCAUUGGUCUCUCUCACUUCAGGAGAAGGUGUUUGAUGCCUGGCUUAUGUAUGUACAGGAGCGGCACAGGAAAAAGGUACGCAUUGCAAAAGCAGUGGAAAGUUAUCGCAGUCACCUGCUAAGAACAGGGGUGGCUGCAGUUCUUCAUUACACCUCUGACAUGAUGCAGUUUCGCAGCCAAAUUGCAGCUGAGCAUCAGAUGAAGACUGCUUACAGCCGCCAUCAGGUUGUCUAUCGCUGUGCUAUGAUCUGGAAGCAAAGAGCACUCUGCAAGAGGGAGAGGUUGAAGCGCAAGUCUACAGCUGUGACAUGCAAAAAAACUGUGGCUUUCAAGCUUCCAAUUGCUGAGGUUUGUGAAGAGAAAGAUGUCAGUAUGAAAACUGGAAUCUUGAAGAGUGAAUCUAGGAAAAGGGUUUCAAAGACUGCACCAAAUCCAAUUAGAUAUGAUGGCUUACCACCAAUGCUGUCAGGUGGAGACAUGGAUUUCAGCAAUUUACCCCUUGUACAUCCGGUAAGAUUACAGCCAAGAAGACCAGGGUUCCUGUUAGAAUCAUUGCGAAAGAAGGAUCUUCUGGACAGUAUCAACAGCAGCGGCAAUGCAUCGAGACUGGACUCUGCAACAGCAACUACAACUGAUCUGCCAGUAAUGGAGAGCCCAACACAAACCAGAACCCUUGACGUAAGGGGUCCCAUCAGCCUAGGUGACCAUUCUGAGAAUGAUGCCACUGAAGGUGCUUCUUGUCAAUCGUUAUGUUUUGCUAAAGAGACAAAGAAUCUACAAACUGUGCAGCUACAGGCUUCCUUUCCCAUUGCCCACUUUUCUUCAAAGACAACCAUGGAUAGCCAGCAGGAGCAGCCAGUGCCAAAGGAACUCCUGCUGCCCCCAUCUGCAUUCCUGUUACUUGGGAAAGAGAAAGUGAAUACAAACGUGGAUCUGAACAGGCAUAGUGACUUCGCUGAUGUUCACCAGAUUCAACAGGACAAGAGGGUUUCGAGCAGGAAGUCGCACACAAAUCCACAGUUGCUCUCGCCAGAUGAUUUCAGAGCCGGGUCAGGAUGCUGUAACCUGGUUUUUCAGGACACGGAUUCAGAUGAUGAUUUUGAUGGAUAUAAUCAGCAAUGCCAGCUAGAGGCAGAACUACAGGGAAUACGUCAGGAGAUGCAGCGUUUCCAUGACAACAAACAGAACCUGAGAUCCUGGCGGAAACAGGCCUCUGUGCUCCGAAAUUGGCUUCAAGUAAAUUCUGCAGAUAAGGGAGAGGAAAUGUCAGAGAUCAGACAGGAACUAAAGCAGCUGGAGCUGGAUAUUGAAAAGCUUUCGAAGAAGCUGAGCAAUGAUGUACCUUAUAUACAGGGUCAACUUGCCAGAGUGCAGGAGAUCCGGAAAAUCCUGACCAUCUGAGAACAUUCCCUACUUUUGCCUCUGCUGUCUCCGAAAAGCCUGGUCCAUGUGAUAACAGAAAUAGUGCUUUCCCCUGGCAGAAGAUCUUGCAUGCUGAAUCUAAUUCAGCCUGCAAAGGAUGGGAACUGGGUUAAACUUUGACCUUGUGAUGCAAAAACAAUCGAAGAAGCAAAUUCUGUGUCUAUGAAAGGUUUCCAAUAGUCUUCACACAAUAUGAUAAAAGAUGGUGGCCUCUCCAUGGACAUUCAUGAGGCUGUAUGCACAGUGCUGACAAUUUUGACUUUUCCAGGUUUUGUCAAUUAAUAGCAGAAGCCUGUACUUUAGACAGUUAGUUGUAACUACAUUUUGUAGGAUAAUGUGUGUAUGUAAUCAUGUAAAGCUAAUGUAAAUGCAUUCCAAAAAAGAUUAUUAAAACUUAAAGUCUGCAGUUUAAA